ACGCUCGCGCCCAGCAGUAAAGCCGCCGCGUCUCCUCCGUCAAACGCCUCGGUGGUCUUGACAAACAUCAUGAGGAAAAAGCAGAGAAUCAUGUGUGUAUUUGGGUUUUUGGGAGCCAUGUUGUUGGUCGGCUGUGAGAAAAGGAAGGAAGCGCAACAGCAAUGACGCCGCGUCAGAGCUCUGACGCUGGCCGAAGACGAAGGCUGACUGAUCUCAUGACUCACGACUGGACAAUGCUGGAAGAAAUGACCUCAAGAGCUCUGAGCACCUUGAAGGUCCUGGGAUGCAUUUUGAAAACUCCUGCAUUAAGAGCUCUGAGCACCUUGAAGAUUCUCUCAUACUUGGACUCGCCUCUCCCAAACAAACACGGACAUCAACCGAAAGUUUCCCCUCAGGGAUGAGACCUGGUAUGGCCGUUGUUCACAGCGCAGCAGGAGUACUCUGAAACCAAGGCAAAAGUGGUAUUAAGUCAUGAUGCAGGAGUCGGCCAAUGAGACAAUAAGCAACAGUUCAAUGAGUCAAAAUGGAAUGAGCAGCCUAAGCAGCCAAUUAGAUGCUGGCAGUAGAGAUGGAAGAUCAAGUGGGGAGACGAGCAGUGAAGUAAGCGCAGUCGAGCUGCUGCAUCUGCAACAACAGCAGGCCCUACAAGCAGCAAGGCAAUUACUCCUACAGCAACCAGGCAGUGGCCUGAAAUCUCCAAAGAACAACGACAAACAGCGUCCGUUGCAGGUGCCAGUAUCUGUGGCAAUGAUGAGUCCACAGGUGAUCACACCCCAACAGAUGCAGCAGAUCCUUCAACAGCAAGUCCUUUCCCCCCAGCAGCUCCAAGCCCUCUUACAACAACAACAGGCAGUCAUGCUUCAGCAGCAACACCUGCAGGAGUUUUAUAAGAAACAACAGGAACAACUUCAUCUACAGCUUUUGCAGCAACAGCACCCAGGCAAACAAGCAAAAGAGCAACAGCAGCAGCAGCAGCAGUUGGCGGCACAGCAGCUGGUCUUUCAGCAGCAGCUCUUGCAAAUGCAGCAACUGCAGCAGCAGCAGCACCUGCUCAACAUGCAGAGGCAGGGCCUCCUCUCUAUGCCCCCCGGCCCAGGACAGCCCACCCUCCCCGGACAGACUCUGCCGCCAGCUGGUCUGAGCCCUGCUGAACUCCAGCAACUUUGGAAAGACGUCACUGCGAGCCACACCAUGGAGGAUAAUGGGAUGAAACACAGCGGCCUGGACCUGAGCACCAACAACAACACGUCCACUACCUCCACCAGCAACCCCAAAGCUUCUCCACCCAUCACUCAUCACAGCAUGUCCAACGGCCAGUCCCCAGCCCUCAACAACAACCGGAGAGAGAGCUCAUUGCAUGAAGAGACCGCAGUGUCACACUCCCUCUAUGGCCACGGAGUGUGCAAGUGGCCAGGAUGUGAAAGUAUUUGCGAUGACUUUGGACAGUUUUUGAAGCACCUUAACAAUGAACACGCACUGGAUGACAGGAGUACUGCGCAGUGCCGAGUACAGAUGCAGGUGGUACAACAGCUAGAGAUACAGCUUUCUAAAGAACGCGAGCGUCUUCAGGCGAUGAUGGCACACUUGCACAUGAGGCCCUCAGAGCCCAAACCAUCACCAAAACCGUUGAAUCUGGUCUCCAGUGUCACCAUGUCAAAGAACCUCCCGUCCAUCUCACCCCCAAAUUUACCUCAGACGCCAACCACGCCCACUGCUCCAGUCACACCUCUUUCCCAGAUGCCCCAGGUGCCCAACGUUCUCAGUCCCGCCAAUGUGCCCAGCAUGGGUGCCAUGCGUAGACGCCACACCGACAAAUACUCCAUGGCCUUGUCCUCAGAAAUCGCCCCAAACUACGAGUUUUACAAGAACGCCGACGUCAGGCCGCCGUUUACUUAUGCAACCCUCAUCAGGCAGGCUAUCAUGGAGUCAAGUGACAUGCAGCUAACGCUCAACGAAAUCUACAGCUGGUUCACGCGCACCUUCGCCUACUUCCGACGCAACGCCGCCACCUGGAAGAACGCAGUGCGACACAACCUCAGCCUGCACAAGUGUUUCGUCCGAGUAGAGAACGUGAAGGGCGCCGUAUGGACCGUGGACGAGAUGGAAUACCAGAAACGCAGGUCACAGAAGAUUACAGGGAGCCCGACGCUGGUCAAAAACCUGCCGUCCAGUCUGGGUUAUGGGGCAGCUCUUAACGCCAGCUUACAGGCUGCGUUGGCGGAGACCACUUUGCCGCUUCUGGGUAAUCCGGGCUUGAUGAACAGCGCGUCAGCUAUGAUGGGAGCAAGUCCUCCAGUAAUGAUGAGCGGCAGCCCGACCGGACUCUUACAGGGAACCACGCAUGAAGAACUCAACGGCACACUAGACCACCUGGACACCAAUGGACACAGCAGUCCUGGAUACUCCCCACACACCCACCUGCCUCCCAUUCACGUCAAGGAGGAGCCACUGAACAUGGAGGACGAGGACUGUCCGAUGUCACUGGUGACCACAGCCAAUCACAGUCCUGAACUGGAUGAUGACAGGGAGCUUGAGGAGGGCAACCUAUCGGAGGAUCUGGAAUGACUAUUUUGCCCCACCCCUCCGCUGGGGCUCUGCCCCUUUCAGGCCCCGCCCCUUAACUAAACCACAAACG